AUGAGAAUUCUUACCAGCGAUAGCAAGGAGGCCAACAAUGCACCUCAAGAGCUUAUCAAUGAGUUCUGGGAGAACUUGAUUAGUAAGAAGCCCGGCAAGGUUACAAAGGUCUUUCCCCCAUCAUUGUACGCUAACCCACUCCCACCGCCACGCAGACCAGGAGUUGUCAAAGGCCAAAACGCAGCUGAAUCCUACGAAGCUGCAGCCAUGGAAUUUCGAACUCGUGUCAAGCGGAUUAUACGAGAAUGCCAACGACCCAAUGAGAAAUUCACGGAUCCCGACUUUGACAUUACGGACCAGCCAAUGAACUUUGUCGACGACAAUCUAUUUCUUUCGAAGCCCGACUUUGAUGAACGAGGAGAUAUGUACGACCCCACUGGAAUCAAAGAGACAAGGUAUAAGAAGAGCCACCAGACUGGAUCGGAGACUUUUUACUUCGCCUCCUGCGCCCACGAGAACGAAACUUGGCUACCCCUCCUCGAGAAGGCUUACGCGAAGGUGGAUGGCGAUUACGAUGCCAUUAGUGGCAGUAUUUCUGGUAAAGCUGUGGAGGACCUCACUGGUGGUGUGACCAGCAAGAUUUUGACUGAUCGCGUCCUUAGCAAAGAGCGACUGUGGAAAGAACUCACUGAGGUCAACAAGGACUUUCCGUUCUGGGCAUCGUCUCCAGGUUCAUAUGGCAGUGAAUACGAUGCCAGGCGAGGAUUAGCUCUCAGCUAUGCUUACUCGGUCAUCAAGGCUGUCGAAGAAGAGAGUGAGGACGGAAAGAUCAAGCACAGGCUUGUACUCAUCAGGAACCCUUGGGGCAAACGAGCCAGUGCAGCGAUGGGCGAGUGGACGGGUCCCUGGUCAGAUGGGUCGGCCGAGUGGAACCUGACUGGAUGCAAAAGCUUGGAAAAGUACACGGAUGAUGGCGAUUACAUCGUGCGUGCCCGCGGCGCAUGGCUCAGCAACCGUAGUAUCUCAGCCGAGGUUGAUCUUGAAACAGGAGUGUACGAAGUUGUGCCAAAACUCGUGGCGAAACGUGACGCGGACGCUCCAGACGUGCACGAAGUGGUCACGAAAGUUGCUGAACGUAACCCCCGGAAGCUGAGGCAGACCGGCCUGAGCUACGAUAUCGCGAACGCAAAAGGACUCGCGGAGGUCUCCGAUGAAGAGAAAAGACACAAAGAGUCGAAGAAGAAAGAGGCAGCAGAGAGGAAGAAAAAGGAAAAUGAGGCUGCUGAGAAGCGGAAUGCGGAGUUUGAGGCGUGGAAGAAAGAAGAGAAGGCAGACUACGAAGCGUGGAAGAGGGGGAAGCAACGACUUGAAAACCAGCCAAAAAGGACGAACGAGCCUGGAACUUUAAAGACCGGGACUGCCGCGCCGGAAACCAAGGAGGCUUCCAUUGAUGCCGCAAGUCAGCCUGCCAAAUCUGAUGCCAAUGAUACUAAGCCAGCGACCGCAGCACUGGAGGCCGACCUGAUCUCCAAAACGGCUGGACUCAAAGUAGACGAUGCGGCAGCACAUAGCGAUGAUGACAAAGCGGAGCACGGCCUUGAUGAGAACCUGGGGAAUAACAGUCGCGCCUCGUCGAGGGCAGUCUCGCGCGGAAGGCGUCUUCCUCCUCACAUGCACCGUAGCGCGCCUCGCAGUUACUACGGGGACGACCCCGUUCAGAAAACUAGCCCACGUGAUCUCUCGCCCGUGGACGAGAAACCAAGGCCCUGGAAUGCGGUGUGCGUUUUAGGUCUCAGAGUUUAUAGCCAAAACCCAGAGGCCAGUAUCAAGCUUGGUAAGCCGAAGAAUGUGGAAGAUGGUGCGAUCUUAGACGUCGGUGGAGAGAUUGCUGCUGGGGCAACGAUGUGA